AUAAUAAUAAUAAUAAUAAUAAGAGAUAAAAAUAUGGUACGUGAAAAGAAGAUAAGGGGGUGAAACUCUUUUGUCUUUUCUUUGCUACCGAAAACUAAAAGAAGAAGGGGGAAGCGGCUGUUCGGCUAUGGGGUUUAAUGCAGGUGUAAAUUUAUCAAGUGAAGAAUAGAUCGAGUAUCAACCGUGGGAAGGAAAAGAUCACUGAGUAGACAUCUAUCGAAUUUUGAUCAUCAAGAUUUUUACAGAUCUCUUCCACUUCCAUUUGGACUAUCUUACAAGCAACCCUUUGUUUAUAUUUCACGAAUAUGUUGUUCGUAGACAUGGAAGCUGGAACCAAAAUGCAGUCGCCGGAGAAGGAAACAAGGCUAGAGAUAUCCACCAUGUCAGUGCAAAGCGUCCCGACGUUCCCUCACCGAUCAACUGAUGAAAAAGCCAUUCCCUUUAUAGGCUUCGGCACAGCCGAAUAUCCUUUCGGUGCUUCCAGGGAUACCUUGAAAGAAACCAUCAUCGAAGCUUUCAAACUAGGGUACCGUCACUUCGACACAGCAGCUGUUUACCAAUCCGAACAGCCUUUAGGUGAAGCGAUAUCAGAUGCCCUCCGUCUAGGGAUAAUCAAAUCCCGAGAUGAACUCUUCAUUACUUCCAAGCUAUGGUGCAGUGAUGCACACCAUGACCUUGUCCUCCCAGCACUCCACAAAACACUCAAGAAUUUGAAGUUGGAGUAUGUUGAUCUGUAUCUAAUUCACUGGCCACUGAGUUUAAAGCCAGGUAAACCUGAAUUUCCUUUUAAGAAAGAAGACAUGGUUCCUAUGGAUAUAAAAUCUGUGUGGGAAGCUAUGGAGGAGUGUAAUGAUAUUGGCCUAACAAAAUCUAUUGGUGUAAGCAAUUUCUCCUGCAAGAAACUAGAAAACCUCCUUUCGAGUGCCAGAAUCCCACCAGCAGUCAACCAAGUGGAGAUGAGCCCAAUGUGGCAACAAAAGAAACUGAGGAAGUUUUGUGAGGAGAAAGGCAUAGUUGUGGAGGCUUAUUCUCCUUUGGGUGCCAAAGGAACUGCGUGGGGAACAAAUCAGGUGAUGGAAUGUGAUGUACUCAAAGAAAUUGCCCAAGCCAAGGGAAAAUCAGUUGCUCAGGUUUGCUUGAGAUGGGCAUAUGAACAAGGAGUGUGUGUGAUAGUGAAGAGCUUCAACAAGGAAAGGAUGAAACAAAACCUUGACAUCUUUGAUUGGAGGCUCAGUGAUGAUGAGUUGCUUAAAAUAAGCCAACUCCCACAGUGCAAAGGAUAUCCAGCGCUGGACUUUGUAUCAGAUGAUGGUCCUUUCAAGUCUCUUCAAGAAUUUUGGGAUGGGGAGAUUUGAAUUUUAUCCAUAGAUAUAGAUAUAGAUAUAACAUAUGUUUGUUUAUUUGUUGCAAACUUCAAAUUAACCAGUUUAUUUAAAAACAA